GUCUCUGCCCUUCUCCAGACACGGCCAACUAAACUUCCCCCACACCGAGCUACGUCCGGUACCAAGUUACAGGGGUCGUCAACUUUAGCAGCCAUCCCGAGACAUUUUCGGCGAUUUCCCUGGAGUGCCGAACUUCGCGAAGCGGACUCUCUUGUCUCCAAGACUAGCCCACAACCAACCCACCUCCAUCCCUCGGUCCAUACCCCCUGUGGACACGCCAUUGAUAUAUCCAACAAGGCCACCCAGAUCACUUCUCCCUUUCGCUCCUUUUUCUUCUCUUUUACGGGGGAAUUAGUAAUUACCACUUGAACACGCCAUAGACGGACCCAUACCGACGAUUUGUCACCGUUGCGCCGAACCGAUUUAAUACCACUUACACCGAACAUCACCAUCCUUCAACACCACACACUACACACAUACACAAACCGCAGCAAUGGCGACCAAGGUCAACCAGGAUCCUAAGAAGCGGACUUCCGCUGCCACCAACCUCAUUGCUGGUGGUGGUGCCGGUAUGAUGGAGGCUCUCGUCUGCCACCCUCUCGAUACCAUCAAGGUCCGCAUGCAGCUUUCCAAGCGCGGCCGCGUGCCUGGCCAAGCUAAGCGCGGCUUCAUCCGCACCGGUGUCGAGAUCGUCAAGAAGGAGACGGCGCUCGGUCUCUACAAGGGUCUCGGUGCCGUCCUGACCGGUAUCGUCCCCAAGAUGGCCAUCCGUUUCACUUCGUUCGAGUGGUACAAGCAGCUCCUGGCCGACAAGCAGACCGGCAUCGUCUCGGGUCAGGCCACCUUCUUCGCCGGUCUGGCCGCCGGUGUCACCGAGGCCGUUGCCGUUGUCACCCCCAUGGAGGUCAUCAAGAUUCGUCUGCAGGCGCAGCACCACUCCAUGGCUGAUCCUUUGGACGUUCCCAAGUACCGCAACGCCGGGCAUGCGCUCUUCACUGUUGUCAAGGAGGAGGGUUUCGGUGCGCUUUACCGCGGUGUUUCCCUGACUGCGCUCCGCCAGGGUUCCAACCAGGCCGUCAACUUCACUGCCUACAGCUACUUCAAGAAGUGGCUCUAUGAGUUCCAGCCCGAGUAUGUCGGCCAGAACCUGCCCUCUUACCAGACCACCCUUAUUGGUCUCGUUUCUGGUGCUAUGGGUCCUCUCUCGAACGCUCCUAUCGAUACCAUCAAGACCAGACUCCAGAAGAGCGUUGCUCAGCCCGGCGAGUCGGCAAUCCAGAGAAUUACCAAGAUCGCUGGUGAGAUGUUCAAGCAAGAAGGUUUCCACGCCUUCUACAAGGGCAUCACCCCCCGCAUCAUGCGUGUCGCGCCCGGUCAGGCCGUCACCUUCACUGUCUACGAGUACCUCAAGCAGAAGAUCGAGCGGACCGGUCCUGCUGCUUUGACUGGUGGAAGCACCGCUGAGGCUAAGCUCUAAGCUCUGAUUUCACGACACUGACGAGCGUUUUUCAAUUUUUUACACAACACAUCAUUGCAUCAUUUCAGCGGCGCAUGCACACAACAGAGUUCGAUCGUCAUCAUCACCAGCUUGCAUAUACGCAUUCACACGCACAUACAAUACGGGGUACAUAGCACACAUCGCAAGGACGAGCACAGCGAAGCAUAGCGAUCAGCAGGAGGCAACGUAUCAUCGUCAACCACGGGACCCCAAGACACGAGACGACGCUCAGAUGAGCAAACGGUCGUGGUCUUGUCUUCCCAUCCCCAACAUCAGCACCCCACUAUAUCAUCGACGUCGCAUUCCUUAAUUCGUUUGUAUCCGGAGUUCGCGGCGCGGCGAUACGGCGAUUUGGGUAGGGCUUGCUGUUGGGUUUUUCACGUUCAUGUACAUACGAGGAUUAA